CCGGAGGGAUGUUCCCUGCUCUGGAGGAGGCCGACAGGACGGUGUUUGUGGGGAAUUUAGAGGCCCGUGUGCGUGAAGAGAUCCUUUACGAACUGUUCCUUCAGGCUGGGCCAUUAACCAAAGUGACUAUAUGCAAAGACAGAGAAGGCAAGCCGAAGUCUUUUGGAUUUGUCUGCUUUAAACACCCAGAAUCAGUGUCUUAUGCCAUAGCUUUGCUGAAUGGAAUUCGUUUAUAUGGAAGACCAAUUCAUGUGCAGUAUCGAUUUGGGAGUUCCCGCUCUUCUGAACCAGCUAACCAAAGUUUUGAGAGCUGCAUUAAGAUAAAUUCACAUAGCUACAGAAGUGAAGAAGUCAUGGGUAGAUCUUCCUUUCCCAUGCAGUUCUCUCCAACUAAUAAUGCAGCUUUACCUCAAGAAUAUUUUUUCUUACAGAAGAUGAUGAAUGUUUUUUUUUGUUUUUCACAGCAGUGGCAUGCAUAUAAUCCAGCACUGCAGCUUCCUUACUGUGAGAUGACAGCACCACUCCCUAAUAGCACAUCCGUGCCUUCACUAAAUCAUGUUCCAAAUCUAGAAGCUGGACCCAGCUCUUAUGAAUGGACUCACCAACAACCACGUGACUCUGAUUUUUAUCAGAUAAAUAAACGAAAGCGGCAAAAACAAACCAGUGAUAGUGAUAGUAGCAUAGAAAACAAUAGAGAAAGUGAAUAUAGGCAAAAAUUCCAAAAGUGUAAGAAGAAGAAAAGAUACUAG